UUGGCCCGGAUUCCCAGCAACGAGAUGGAAGCUUAUCAAGUACUAGCAGUCGUCUUGAGUCUCGUGGCCUCAGCUUCAGUUGUAGCCUGCGGCAAACGAAACUCGUAUUCACCCUUCAUGGCCGCGCUCCUGCCCGAUGACUCUGACUACAUCGUCGGUGGCUCCCUCGCCGGCAAGAACGAGUUCCCUUGGCAGGUUGCAAUCCUGACCAGACGACAGUUUUGUGGCGGCUCCAUCAUCAGUGACAGUUGGAUCCUCACUGCGGCUCACUGCAUAACGGAUGAGCUGCAGCAGAGUGAAUACCUAAUCGUCGCUGGGUCUCGACACGUUAAGCGCCGAGAGAGUACUUCUCAGAUACGGAAGGCCGCGAAGAUUAUUGUUCAUCCAGGCUGGGACUCGCAGUACUUCAUAAACGAUAUUGCUCUGAUCAAAUUGUCCCAGCCGUUGGUCGCGUCAGCGAGCUCUGUGGCGCCUGUUCGCCUCCCGGAAUCCUCAGACGCGAACCGAUUCAACCGGAAAACUUGCACCGCUUCAGGGUGGGGAGCCGCGUACAACGAUGGACCAACUUCGCCUGUGUUGCUCAAAGUCGAUCUCCCUAUCGUUUCCAACUACAUCUGCAAUAACCGUUACUUUGACGUGCGUGACGUUCGAAUCAACGAAAACCACAUCUGCGCUGGGGAUCUCGAUAUCGACGGAACCGGGGUCGGUCAAGGAGACUCAGGCGGUCCUCUGGUUUGCGAGGAGAAUGGCGCUCACCUCCUGGCAGGUAUCACUAGUUUCGGCGUUGACUGCGGGGACAGCAAGCAUCCUACCGUCUUCACUCGCGUCUCGUCGUUCCGCAGAUGGAUCGAUAGCAACAUUGCCUAGGACUUUUUCUUCUUCAAUAAAGCUGGCUGGUAUAUUGAAUGGCUCCCGAAAGGCCAUCGGCCCUCGGGCCUCUGCGAGGAAAAUUCUAUU